CUUUGUCUGCCUUACUUUCUUUCUCUCUCUCGUCUUCCAUUACAUGUGCAGUUCGUUCUUUACCAGACUCUGCUUGUGUUGCUGGUAGAAGCACCGAUCCUUUGCUUUCCUUUCUAGAUAUUUUCUUGUUAUUCGUUUUUUGACACGAAUGCCAAAGUCGGAAUUCAAACUAAAAUAUCUUUGAAGUUGGCAGGAUGUUACUCCGGCUUCACCAAACUGCCCUUUUGGCAGGAAACUUAGGAUCCAGUGUGCUAAAAUUAUCUGCACGAUGCAGUCGUGGUCUGAAGACAACUGCCUGCCGCUUUUCCUCCGAGGGCACCGUACCAGGAACUCCUUACAAAAACCUCAGCAUCGGUAUCCCCAAAGAGAUAUUUCCAAAUGAAAGGCGAGUUGCAGUUUCCCCGGCAAGUGUGGCCACGUUGACCAAGAAGGGGUUUAAGGUCACCAUCGAGGAAAACGCUGGCACCGAAGCAAAAUUCAUGAAUGAUGACUAUGCUUCUUCAGGUGCUGCCAUUGUUGACAAAUCGGCAAUUUACAAGAACGAUUUCAUUCUCAAAGUAAGAAGCCCGCUUCCUGAGGAAGUGCCGUUAUUUCAAGACAAUACAACACUCAUCAGCUUCCUAUAUCCGGCCCAGAACAAGGAACUUGUAGAUUUGAUGGCCAAGAAGAAACUAACAGUUUUUGCUAUGGACUGUGUUCCCAGAAUCAGUAGGGCUCAGGUUUUUGAUGCCCUCAGUUCAAUGGCCAAUAUUGCUGGCUACAAAGCUGUUUUAGAAGCUGCAAACAACUUUGGAAGAUUUUUCACAGGUCAAAUCACUGCCGCUGGAAAAGUACCACCUGCCAAAGUACUCGUCAUUGGAGGAGGUGUGGCUGGUUUGUCUGCUAUUGGCACUGCCAAAAACAUGGGGGCUAUAGUAAGGGCUUUUGAUACCAGGGCCGCCGUGAAAGAACAAGUCGAGUCAUUUGGUGCAGAAUUCCUGGAAGUCAAUGUCAAGGUCAGUUCUGUUUUUUUCCUUCCCCCCCAUUUUAUUCUUUUAUUUGCAAUGGUCGAAUCAAUGAAGCCAGGUUCGGUCGUCGUUGAUUUAGCUGCGGAAGCUGGCGGAAACAUAGAAACAACCAAACCAGGAGAGUUGUACAGGUAUCACGAUGUCACCCACGUUGGUUACACGGAUCUACCCAGCAGACUGUCAACACAAGCCAGUACCCUCUACUCUAACAACAUCACCAAACUCUUGUUCUCUUUUGGUGAGAAGGACCAUUAUCACCUAGACAUGGCAGAUGAAGUAAUCAGGGGUUCCAUUAUUUUAAAUAAGGGUGAACUGAUGUGGCCUCCGCCACCCCCACCUGCUCCUGCUGCUGCAGCUCCAACUGCAGCUGCUGCAGAAAAACCUGCAGCUGUCGAACCCGCUCCUCCAAACUAUUUCAACAACACACUGAAGGAUGCCUUCAUGUACACUGCAGGACUCAGCUCCAUCAUCGGUCUUGGUAUUGCCUCACCAAACCCAGCUUUCACUACAAUGGUCACAACAUUUGGUUUGUCUGGUAUUGUUGGUUAUCACACUGUGUGGGGAGUCACUCCUGCUCUUCAUUCUCCUCUCAUGUCUGUCACCAAUGCCAUCUCUGGAAUCACAGCUGUCGGUGGUAUGCUGCUGAUGGGUGGAGGUUACAUGCCCUCCAAUACCUCUCAGGCCCUCGCUUGCACUGCAGCGUUCAUUUCUUGCAUCAACAUCGGCGGUGGUUUCUUGGUUACCCAGCGCAUGUUGGACAUGUUCAAGAGACCAACCGACCCCCCAGAGUUCAACUACCUGUAUGGUGUCCCAGCUGCCGCUUUCCUCACUGGUUAUGGUUUAACAGCAUACCAGGGUACCUACCCAGACAUCCACCAGAUGACUUAUCUGGCUGCUGGUCUUUGCUGUGUUGGGGCCCUCACUGGCCUCUCUUCUCAAAGUACCUCCAGAGUCGGUAAUUCUCUCGGUAUGAUUGGCGUCUCAUCAGGUGUCGCUGCCACUCUUGGAAUCAUUAAACCUACCCCUGAACUCUUCACCCAAAUGGCUGUCACUAUGGGUAGUGGUGGUCUAAUCGGCUCCGUUUUGGCCAAGAGGUUAGAGGUCACGGACCUUCCUCAGAUGGUGGCUCUCUUCCACAGCCUUGUUGGUGCAGCCGCAGUGUUUACGUGUUUCGCUAAUCAUUUGGCGGAACAACCACACUUUGCCACUGACCCCGCUGCGUCAGUCAUCAAGACCGCCCUUUUCCUUGGUACCUACAUCGGAGGUGUUACAUUCACUGGGUCUCUUGUUGCUUUCGGCAAAUUACAAGGGAUCAUGAACUCUGCUCCCAUCAUGUUGCCAGCACGUCAUGCUUUGAAUCUUGGACUCCUGACAACCAAUGUUGGUGCUAUGGGUUAUUAUAUGAUGACCAAUGAUCCUACAUCCAGUAUGCUUAUGCUCGGUACUACUGCUUCCUUGUCUAGUGUUAUGGGACUCACUUUAACUGUGGCUAUUGGCGGUGCUGAUAUGCCUGUUGUUAUUACCGUCCUGAACAGCUACUCUGGUUGGGCCCUGUGUGCCGAAGGUUUUAUGAUGAACAACAACUUAAUGACCAUAGUCGGUGCUUUGAUUGGUUCCUCUGGUGCAAUUCUUUCCUACAUCAUGUGCAAAGCUAUGAACCGUUCCCUUCCCAAUGUAAUCCUUGGAGGCUAUGGAACCAGCUCGACUGGCGGAGGCAAACCGAUGAGUAUCACAGGAACACACACUGAAAUAGAUGUCGAAGGAACUUCCGAACUGAUUGCUAAUGCCAAAAAUAUCAUCAUUGUCCCCGGUUAUGGCUUGUGUGUUGCCAAGGCUCAGUACCCUAUUGCUGAGAUGAUCACUCUCCUCACAAGCAAAGGCAAGAAUGUCCGUUUUGGAAUACAUCCCGUAGCAGGAAGAAUGCCCGGUCAGCUGAACGUUUUAUUGGCUGAGGCUGGAGUGCCUUACGAUAUUGUCCUUGAGAUGGACGAAAUCAAUGAUGAUUUCCCUGAGACCGAUCUAGUAUUGGUUAUUGGUGCCAACGAUACCGUCAACUCGGCUGCUGAAGAUGAUCCAAAUUCCAUCAUUGCUGGCAUGCCAGUUUUGCGUGUCUGGAAGUCAGAACAGGUCAUUGUUAUGAAAAGGAGUUUGGGUGUAGGCUAUGCCGCAGUUGACAAUCCAAUCUUUUUCAAGCCAAAUACAUCCAUGUUGUUGGGUGAUGCCAAGAAGACAUGCGAUGCUCUCCUCCGCAGAAUGAGCACUCAUUACGAAUCAUAACUGCAGUAGCUGUUAGAGCAACGAUGUUUAUAAUUAAAAUAUAUAUAAGUAAUGAGUCAUAGAAUAUGCAUGCAUGCGUGUCUGUCUGUGGUUUGCCACCACAGCCGAGUAGAGCACGAAUCUACCUUACUUUCUCUGGUCUGUUGAAACUUAGGAGCUAAAAAGAGAAUGCAGUAUAAUACUUGAAUUGAACUAUUGAACAAACACACACUGUCUCUGUCAUUUUGGUGUCUGAACUUGUUUGACCCUUUUUUUUUUUUCCUAAAUAAAUAUAAAACUAUAGAGAAAGAGAUUUUUUUCUCCUUCUCCAAUACGAAGGAGUUUGCAGAGAAAAAAAUUGAAGUAGAUAAAAGGGGCUUCAUGAGCCCUUGAAUCUUUCUCCAUAUACUUUCUUAGGCUUCAAAGGCCCUUUCAGAAAAACAUCUGCAGAAGAGUUCUUUCUCUUCCUUCCUAUUUCUUCAUAUCGCCAGCUACUUCAUGUUUGUGCUUUAAAAAAAAAAAAAAAAUAAA